CCAUCCAGCACAGUGCCACACAGUCACAACGAAAACAAAUAGAGCUCGCCGUGCACUGAAGGGGAUUUAUUUAUUUAUAUAUUUAUUUCGGAAACCGAGCGCCUUACACAAGCGGGAGCGCAGGAAUUCUCCGAUUUAAAAAAACAAAACAAAACAAAACAAAACACCACAGCAUCUCCUACGCCUCUUUUCCCUCCUCCUUCAACGGGAGCUCCGUCCGUCCCGAUGGCUUGAUGUGUAUCAUCGGCGGGUCCGCUGCAGCUGAAACCUCCGAGAUGCGCCGUGGUUUCUGCAGCUGCACAACAACACCGUCACCGAUACCGGCCCGGGGACACAGAUAUGCUUUUAAGACGGAGAGCGAGGAUGUUGCGGUGGCUGGUGUGUGGUCGGUUCGGCCCAGUCUGGAUGUGGAAGGCUCUGCUGCUGUUUGUGGCCAUCGCCUUUGCCGGCCAGCUGCUGGGGGUCAUCUUCAACAAGAGCAGCGUCCAGCCGGCUCCUCGCUCCCUCUUCUCAUCCCUUGACGCCCAGGGGCCCCCGCUCGGCUCCUGCCGGCCUCAUAACCACGUCAUGUUUCUCAAGACCCACAAAACGGCCAGCAGCACCGUCCUCAACAUGCUGUACCGCUUUGGAGAGGAGCGUGACCUUCACUUUGCCCUGCCACUGGGCUACCAGCUGGGCUACCCACUGCCCUUCAAUGCCCACAGGGUCAAAGGUUACCGAGGACCCAGAGCCAUGGAGUUCCACAUCAUGGGGAAUCACAUGAGAUUUAAUAAGCCUGAGGUAGAAAAGGUAAUGCCUGCAGACACAUUCUACUUCUCGAUCAUCCGGGACCCAGUAGCUCUGGCUGAGUCCUCCUUUGCCUAUUACAAAGAAGUUGCCCCUGCUUUUAGGAAAGCCAAAGGCCUGGGAGACUUUGCCGAUGAUCCCAAGAAAUACUACGACCCCCGUCUCCGUAACAACCACUACGCCCGCAACCUUCUGUGGUUUGAUUUUGGCUUGGACCACAAUGCAAACUUCUCAUUGGCGCUGGCUCGUCGUGGCGAGGCCAUGAUCCGCCGGGCCUUCAAACUGAUUCUGGUGUCAGAGUAUUUUGAUCAGUCGAUGGUCCUGCUCAGACACGCCCUCUGUUGGCCACUGGACGCAGUCGUCUCAUUCAGCCUCAAUGCCCGCCAGCAGAAGCCAAGUGGCGUUGGGAUAAGUGGUGGCUGGGUAGGCAAAGCAGCGGCGGCAGCAGCCAGUGUCGGUGUUAGAGGCGGACGUUCACAAGCCAAGGCGCCACCCAAUCUGUCGUUAACAGAGGAGCAGCGGGAAAAGUUACGAGAGUGGAAUGCCUUAGAUUGGCAUCUCUAUAAGGCCUUCAACCGCACUUUCUGGGAGGAAGUCGAUAGGUUUGGUCGUGCCCAGAUGGAACAAGAAGUGGCUCUUCUCAGGACACGGCGGGAAGUUCUGGCCCGUGUUUGCCUGAGGGAUGGCGGAAAGCCGGUGGAGGCUUAUCGGAUCCGAGACAAAGCCAUUCGGCCGUUCCAGAGUGGGUUAGUAAAGAUAUUAGGUUAUGAGCUCCAGCCGGGGCUGGACAAUGCUACCAGACAGGCCUGUUUGAGGAUGAUCAGGCCAGAGAUCCAGUAUAAAGACUUGCUGGAUGCUAAACAGUUUCCACGGGCUCAGCCAGCCCAAGCCCAACCUGGGCAGCAGAGCCAGGGGCCGGUGGUAGCAGCCGGUGGAGCUUAUGUAAGACAAGAUUCCUCCAGGACAGGAGAAAGACUGGCAGUGGUAGAACGAGGAGGGAGGACAGUGGAGGAGGGGGAGAGAGACUGGGAUGGAAGCCGGUUAAUAAGGAACAACCAGACUUUGGUACGAGGAGAGGGAAAAAGGAGGAUGAGAUAGUGUGGGGUGGGUCUAGAUCCCACCCAUCUUUACCUAUGGUACCUUUCGCCUUUUAAGAGCUGGACCAAUUCAACUGAACACUGAGCCAGGUGUGGAUUUACAAGCAAGACAAGAGAAACAAAAUGUUCCUCCUUUGCACUUUGACUUUAAAUAUUCUGGUUGCAUUUACUUGUUUUCUUAAAAACUGUUUCUACUUUUAGUUUGUCGUUGUCCUGGACUUGACCUUUUAAACACCUGGAAUGUGGUCUUGGUUGUGAUGAGACGCUGAAGGAAAAUUUUACUCAAAAGUUUCAACAUACAGUGAAAGAAAUACAUUGCUUUUUGAUAGGGAAGCAUGCCUAAAAUGCUGACAGGUCCUUUUUUUAAUAGCUUUCCCGGCAUUUAUUGAUAUGUGUGAAAGCAGAUAGACACACAAAGGCCUACGCAGACCUACAUAUUUUGUUUUUAGAUUUCUGUCAGAUUUUCAUGUUGAGCUGGCCCCACUUGUAUGAAGAUUCUCAAAUAGCACUAGUGAUGCCUUUUUUCAUUGCUGAUGUGCAUUCUAAACUAAGUAUUAGAUGAUAGAGUACUUAGGGUUGCAGGACAGAAAUAACUGAGGUAAAAUCUAUUGCCUCUGUUGGAAGGAUUUAGUUUUAGCAUGCGAAAAAGUUCAUGACAUGUAAAAACAAGUUGCUUUGCUUUGAUUCAUGACAUGUUAUUGGGGAAGCUCUCUGUCGAGCUAUUUUGUUCUACCAUGGGACGUAAUAUCUGCGUCGAUAUCAGUAUAGCCCUGUCUAGGACUCCAGGUUUCUAUGAAUACCUUUUAGUAAUAUGAAAGGCAGAACUUAUCCUAGACAUGUGCUCCUCGUCUGAGAUGCUUGAUAUUGACCAGCCUGCUGAUCACACCUCUGCUAGAACGGUAGGAAUGUGUCCAUUUGACCUUGAGUGAUAGACUCCCACUGAGCUAUUCCCAUGGGAAUCCACUUCUCCGACAUGGUGUCUGGUGUGAAAAAGUAAGUUCAUAUGAGCCUGGGAGAAGACAGUAAAUCUCAAAACAGCUGCGUCUUAAAGUCUACUCUAUUUGCCUGCUGGCAUGAAAGUUUAUGAGUGACUGAACUGUGAGAGAUAGUCCACUAAACCUUCUAAGGUAGUCAUAAAACAGGCCAGCACUGGGGUUAAAACAUGAUUUUGUUUCUGUGGUGGGCAGAAUAUCAUUGAGAGUUUAAUUUGGAAUUCUUUUAGGUGCACAGUGUAUAAUUUAACUAUCAAUAUAUCAUUGUAAUGCCUUGAUUUUAAGAGUAACCAAACCCAAAUCUCUGUGAAGCCUGACAUCUAUUGGUGAAAAGCAGGGUAGGCUGUUCUUUUCUGGCAGGUGAUGUCAUCCUCUGUAGAAUAAUAUAGGUGGUAAUGUUACCAGCCUAUCCACUAUUAGAUGUCAGAGAUUUGGGUUUAGGGCUUUGUUACUCUACAAACAAAUGAGACUAUGGUAGAGGUGACUGGUUGUCUCUGUCUCACUCAAGUGGUAUUGUUAGUGCUAGUGUUCUUUCAGACAAAGACAACUUCUUCAUAGACCUGGUUUCUUUCUUUCACCCUUGUCCGUUCCUGCCAUCUUUGGCUUUACUUAACAGGAUGAACAUAUUGGACGUAAUUUUCCAUAGCACUUUCUUUCUCUUUCCACCAUUUGCCAUUGCUAGCAACUCUGAAAGCUAUAGCUGUGUUUGCUUCAUGUUUUGUGCUGUAAAACUGUUUUGGGUUGUGCUGUAAAGCAGUUCCACUGAUUUUCUUCCAAAUCUGACUAGGGGGUAUUCCAGAAAGCAGGACAGUGUACAUGAUUGUACACUGAGUUAAACAGUGUCAGUGUCUCCUGAGUUGAUUACUUGUGAUCUCCGAAACUGGAACCAGCUCCUAUGAAACAGUUUAUUCCUUAAGUACCAUGUCUAGCAAACACAACUCAGGAUUCAGGUUAGGAUUCGCCUAAACCAUCUUCCUGGAAUACCCUUCUGGUGCCACACUGGUAAAAUGCAGUGUAGAGACUGCUAGUGUCUUCUUGGUGAUGGUCUUGUUGGCUAAUGGUUUAUGGUAAUUGGUAAAAAUGUUGAAUCAGUGAGGUAAAGCUUUAUUGAUAUUAAUAUUUUACACAUGCACCUUUAAAUAGAAUUCUUAUCCAGAAGUUCCGUUCUACUUUUGAGACUCUGUGGUUAAUUCAUGUGUAGAGUCUCUAUAGACAUGAGCAGUCAUACAUGUUAGCUUCAGUUCAGCACAGAAUAUUUCUACCUCUGUCAGUGACAUGUGACUACAUGCUUGUUCACACUACUAUAUGCACUAAGAUGUGCAUACCUUGCAGCCCCAUUCCACAUCACUUUCUCUCUCUCUGUCUCUGCCUCACAUAUGCAUGUGUGUACAUGCUGACAUUUUGUAAUUUUUCAUGAGUCUUUGUUGUCAUCACACCAACUUGAACCCCCACACACUUUGUCUUGGCUGUUUUUCACAGCCUGGGUGUUGGGUAACAUGACAGCCUCAUUGCAGUUCACUCCAAACUGUCAUAUUCCCAAGCAGUUUGGUUACCCAGUGACAGACUGGGCCUGGUUGGUUAAUAUUACUGCAGCUCUUCUCCAAUCCAGGACUUGAAUCAUUUGUAAAGAAAUAGAUAAUUUAUAACCUGUUACAGAAAAUAAAGCUGUCAGUCCAGGCCAGCUGCCUGUGCACAGCUUAUAUGAUGGUAUCUAAAUCAGUGCUUCUGAAAGUGGGGUGUGGGGCAUCCAAGGGGCAUCCAGUGCAGACAGUUCUUCAGUUCAAUACUAAAUCAACAAGUAAAAUUCCCAUAUCAAAUAUAGCUCUGUGUUCUAAUGGGGUUCCAUUUGUGGUUUGUGACAUGAAACUGUUUGGUGGUCAUUGAUGUAAUAACAGCUACAUCAGUUGUGAUAGCAAUAAUUGGCACUACAGUGUACAGUAUAUUCCCAUGAGCUGCUUUCUCUUGUCAGAUUUCAUUAUUAACCUUCUCUGCUGCUUUUGAUCGUGAUUUACCCAUCAUUUAGAAGGAGUCAGGUUGAUGUCCCAACCUGGAGUAGAUCAGUAAAGCUGCUGUUUGUUACAGCACAAAUGGGUCAACAUGACUGAUUUGACAUCAGUAAAUCUAAAAUCCCACUUUAAAUAGAGAGUUUGUAAUACAGCAUGCGCUGUCUUGACAUUUCAUCAAAAUGUUCCACCUGUGCUCUUGUACUGAACGUAUGUAGCUGUACACCCUUGGCCACUCCAUGUAUUGUUAUAUUUGGUGUUCCUGUUGAUAUUUGCUCUAUAGCAAAUAUCAGCAGGAACCAUAUUGUGCACUGACCAUAUACCUCAGACCCAGUCAAACACUUACGGUUUCAAAUGCGUUUUAGAAUUGUGUGGGAGUCCUGGAUGGUGUAUUUCAUUAAAAUUGUACAUUUGACUGAUUGUCGCUGAUAGAAAGAAACAAAGAACAUCUGUUCUACAUCUUUCAUCGUGCAGUACAGUGAAUUAUCCAUCUGCUCCGGUCUGAAUGGUUUCAGCUUACAGCAGUCAGCCCUUUAGGGGGUGUUGGGUGCACUGCAUUGUCUGAAUGGCUAGUUCCUCUAUUUCCUCAAAUUAAAAAGGGCCUGUUAUUGAGCCUUUAUGUUUACCUGGCUUAGAGAUUGAGUUAAAGGAAUGGAAAAAGAAUCAGUGUGAAGAGCAGCUGACUGAGCUUUCAUAUUAAAGAGCAGCUGAACUUUAUUUUUUACCUCAUUCCUUUGACUCCUUUUGGUUCAUUCACCUCAGAGGAGCCAUAAGGCUGCAGAAAUGUUUGUCCUGUGAGCAGUGCGGUCAGUGUUUCUCUGUAUUCUGACUGAUUGUGGCCGGUGCCAGACUCUGAUUGCAUCGGCCUGCAGCUUCAACGUUCUGAACAGGCAAAUCAGUCAUCUUUAGCUGCUUUGGUACUGCUUUAAUGCAUUACCAUAAGCCAGCUAGCUGGUAAACACUACUUGGGUAGUAUUCAUGAAAAAAUAAACAGAAAAUGUUAUGAUGAAUAUAUGGUGAUUUGUUGAUGAUACUGCUCAAAGUAUGGAUGUGUGGUGAGAGAUCGAGUCAACCACUUUUAAUUAAUUGUUGUAAGCAGCAACUAACAUAACCUACAGUACAUAACUCGUUUUUAAAGGGAUGCUAAACCCAUUUAAAAUCAGAAUUUUCUUAGUAUUAUUCUUGAAUACUGUCUUCAUCAUCCAUUCCUCUAGUGAAACCAUGGCUACAUAUUUUAGCUCACCAAGAGGUCUGAUGUCUGCUCAGUGUUGCAACAUUUGCAUUCCUUACUUUCCCUACUUUUUCUCUGCAGGCUGUUUUUUUUUUUUUUCUUUUCUUGUUUUCUUUGCAUCCACAGAGUGUAAUUUCAGUAUGUGACAAAGUAAAUCGAGUCACUGAUAUUAUCCAACAACACCAUCAACCCCUCACAGACAUGUUGUGUUCAGUAUAUGCUAUGGGGCAGCACAAAUCCCUGAAUUAUUGGGUUUUUGAAAGAGACAUGAUCGUGUUACUCUUUUAUCAGGCUCCCAUUUUGUUGUCAUUACAGUGUUAGUCUCUACCAAGCACCAGAGAGGCAGUGGUAUAAAAAAUAAAUGGUGUGAAGAUAUGAAAGAAAGAAAAGAAAUGGAAAACACUGUGAAGGGGAAUGUUUCAACAAUAAAAACACUAAUGGCUUGCUAUUACAUGUUAAAUAUGUUACAGAAUGAUUGCACAUGUUAGUGUAAUCAGUUCAGAUUGUUCUGUCAUUUUCUGAAGAAAAAAAAAAACAGACUUGGCAAAUGGCCCCGCAUUUGGAUGUUAUAGAGUGACUUUGUAAUUUAAUUGUACGUAAACUUGAGGCUGUGGUAGUUUUCUUGCAAUUCUGGGCCUUGACUGCUAAACUAACAGUAGGGCAAACACUAAUCUAGAAAAGCAAGGCACAGUCACAGAAACAAAACACCGAUCCAGCUCUUUUUUUAUGCCUUAGGAUAUGCUGACAAUUGAGACAGGGCUUUAAAAAUGACAGUUUGUAUUUAUUGCUGUAAUUUACAUUUGUACAUACUGUAUUUAUUCUUGGAGGGGUUGUCAUCCCUCUUGCAGGUUUGUGGUGACGAUGGGAGUGGUGUGUAUGUUAGACUACGUUGGAAUGCACUGUUCAAAUUGCUGGGAGAAGAAACCAUCGAAGCGUUAUCUGCACACAUUCUCAUCUAUAUUUUAAGUCGGUCUGAGUUGUUGACUAUGACGAAUGCCACUCUAACGACGACCACAUGCACAUACACUCGGUGUGUCUCCUUCCUAACAUGUGCUUCUGUAUUUAUGCAUGAAGAGUGGGUGAAUAAAACACAUUUACCCUUACACACACUCCACACACACACACACUCCCUGCCCAUGACUUAACAGAGGAAGAAAAAUACUAGGAUAAAUACCUAACGCCCAUGCACAUUUUUACCAGCAUACUGUUCAGUCUCAUUUAAUUCUUCUGGCGAAAGACUUGACUGAUAUGGUACUGUGACUUUUUGUAGCCCUUUAUUAUUAACAAGUUCAUAUUUGGACCUGGUGUAUAUUGCAUAAUGUGUAAGUAUUUUAAAUCUCAGUUGCUAAGGGUGCAAAAUGAGCAGAACCACUUAGAAAAAUUAUGAUCAAUCUGUCAUCAUCUACUGCUCUGCUGUUCCCAUGGUCUCGGAUUAUAACUGGAAAUAAAUAACACAAAAUACCUUUGUUGUGAUGUUUUUCCCGAUUUCUCAUUUCUUUCCACAUGACUGGAAAAGUGAAUUCAGAGAUUGUCAGUCAUUGCACCUUGGACUGUUACUUGAAACUGGUUUUGCUUAAAUUUGCAGUAGACCGAGCUAUCUGUGUGCAUCCAUGGGUUCUUUUUUUCUUGUAUUGAAUAAAAGCAUAAUUUCCUAAACUUCA